CAACAAAACCAUCUGGGCAGCCUUCCCAACACCUCUUUUCCUAGUUUUCUUCUCUCUUCACAUUUAUGAUCCCAGCUCUUCCUGUCCAGUGUUGUGUCCCUGAGCCCAGUGGAAGCGGUGUUUGCUGCACGUGUUCAAGUGCAGGUCAUCUUGUCUGUUCUCAUUUUCGUCAGCUUCAGCACAUUUUCUUACCCAUGCUACCUUCCAGCCACAAUUGUGUGUGAAUAGUCCUUGUAACUGAAGCAGCAAAGCUGGAGUGGGGGCAAAUAUACCACCUGAAGAUUUUACAGCACAUCCCCACUCGCAAGCAUCCGCAAACGCCAUUAUGGUCCAGAUCGCAACGCUUCGUGCGGGUCUCACCCAGACUACCCAGGCUACCCGCAUCGCCAUGCGAUGCCUUAACUCGGGCCGAGACUCGCAGGAAACCUCUCAAAAAGCACUGACUCUCCUGUCUGACAUCCUGGAUCUUCUUUACCGUAUUCAAAGUCAGAUCAGCUGGGAAGAGGAAAAAUGGCAUGUCGACCCUGCCCGACUCAAUUCCCUGGCGGAGAUGCUCGGCUGGUUCGACUCCACGGUCAAAUCCAUCGAGCUGUACUUCCAGCCCGGCGGGGUCAAUGUUGCUUACUUCCGCAAGCAUUUGCUAGAGAAGACAUUUCUGCCUCGCUUGGAACAGUAUAAGAUCGUCAUGUUGCUCGCGAUGCAGCCAGACUCGGAAGAUCGCACGUUACUGGAUCAAGAUAUAAGAUAUACACUUAAGAUGGCUCGUGAUAUAGACUGUGGACCUACAAUUGAUCUCCAAUUUGCAGAAGAUGCCUUGGGACUCACAAGCCAACUAUGCUCAAACCAGUUCAUCACGCUCGCAGACUUAUGCAAUAGGCGGCUGCGCGAAUCAUGCCGCUGGAUCUUCGAUCACGGUCAGUAUAGGCGCUGGCUACUUGGUUCUUUCAAGACGUUGUUUUGCGUCGGUCCAGCUGGCGCCGGAAAGACCUUUCUCGCAUCCGCUAUAGUCGAUUCACUUCAGAGAGCAUUUACGUCACCCGAUAUCGCAACAGUAUUCAUUUUCUGUCAGGAAGAGAGGGCAAAGGAGCAGACCUCUCUCGAUAUACUCCGCAGCAUCCUAGCUCAGUUGGUCUACCGAAAACGGAGUCUCUCUUACGCAACCUCUUCUCUCUACUACUCCGAGUCUCUAGCAAAAGGCUCAGCCUCCCCUAAAGCAUAUCAGAGUGCUAUUCGGGCAGAAGUCAAUCGGUUCUCAAAGGUCUUCAUCAUCAUUGAUGGACUGGAUCUAAUCUCUGAUAAGGAGCGCAUUCUUGGCCGGCUCAAGAAGCUCCCAGAGCAAGCACAACUCCUGGUCACCCUACGAGAGGUGUCUGAAAUGGCUAACUCCUCCUUCGUCAACAUCCUGGGAGCACCGGGGGAUCUGCAGAUGUAUGCUAUCUCGCGCAUCCAGCAAGACCCGCGGCUGAAAGCGUUGUUGGAAGAGGAAUCAGACCCUAACUGGCAGGACGAGGUCAUCUGCACCGUCGUUGAGAAGUGUCAUGGAAUCUUCCUUCUAGCCAAGAUUCACCUCGACCUCCUUUCACGCUAUGAAAGUAGAAGUCUCCUAGAGAGAGCGGUUGCACAUCUGCCGGAAAGUUUGAGCGAGGCUUAUGGAGAAGCACUGAAACAGGUCGUGAGUCUGAAUCCGAUGGCUGCUCGCUAUGUGUACUGGACGCUGUAUGCACUUCGGCCUUUGACUGUUGCGGAGCUUAAAUGUGCAACCAACACCCCGGCGGGCAACAGCAAGAGUGAAACUCAGACCUUUGAGCACACACUACAGACGAAAACCGCUGGCAUCCUGACAGUCGACGCUGUAACAGGGACCGUGCGCUUCGUCCACCAGACGGCCAAGGGAUACCUGAAUGGGACGGCCGCUCGGGUCUUCUUCCCUACGGCGCAGAAGGACAUUGCAGAGGUCUGCUUAACAGCCAUCACACCAGACGAGGUGGUAGAUGACUGCUAUUACAACAACGGAGCUACGCCUCGCACCAUCAAGAGUGGUUUCCUUAACUACGCCGCAACAUAUUGGGGUCACCAUGCGCGUGAGAUGGCCGAUGAUGAGCAGACAAUCCAGGUGUUGACGAAGACCUUUCUCAAUAAGCUUUUGUGGAGACGGCCCCCGAUACAAGAAACAGCUCCAGAACAAGGUCCCCCUAGCGUGUUUGGGCUGGGCAAGUAUCCAAAAGACUGGAGUGGUCUCCACAUCUUGGCCUUCUUUGGCAUUGUCCCCAGGGCUGAACGUCUAAUCGUCCAGGGCGCUGCAGUGGACGCCAAUGACAACUCUCUGAAGUUGACGCCGCUGCACUGCGCCGCCUAUCGUGGAAACGAAGAGAUGGUCGAGCUUCUGCUUGAACACGGAGCUGACAUCAAUGCGGUGACUCGAGAUGGAAGCUCCGCUUUGCACCUUGCAACACUUCACGGGCAUCGCAAGGUCAUGAAGGUGCUCUUCAACCGACGCAUCAACACCCAGAUUGCAAACGAACAGGGCGCAACGGCCCUUCAAGUGGCCGUAGGCACCGAAUACGACGAAUCUACCAUCCCCCUACUCGUGAAAAACAGAGUUGAUGUCAACCUCCGUAACAUCCACACAGGAGAUACAGCUCUCCACCUGGCCGUGCGCUGGCGGCGGCCUCGUAUCAUUCUCUUCCUCCUUGACAAGGGUGCCUCCAUCGAUAUGACCAACGAGCUCGGAAUCACACCGCUCCAACUGGCAGCCAAGAUUGACAACUGUGAGGCAAUUUCUCUGCUUCUUCAGCGCUGUGCGCAGGUGGAGGCGCGCUCCCUUGCUGGAUUCACAGCGCUCCAGUUGGCGGCGCAUGCGAAACACUGGAUAGCCUUUGAUCUGCUCGUCAUCGGUGGGGCAGAUUUGAACGCAUGGAACAAAGAGGGCGAGACGCUGCUGCACGAGCAGGCGCGCAAGUCGGCCAACACGGCGAUCGCGUCAAAGCUGCUCGAUCUGGGGGCCAACGUCGAGGCGCGCACCUCGCAGGGCUACACGCCGCUGCAGUGCGCAGCGCGGGCGGGCAACCGAGCGAUGUUCCUCUUCCUGCUAGACCGCGGAGCGGACAUGAACGUGCAAACACCGAAGGGAGAGACGAUCUUGCACAUCGCGCCUCCCAUCAACGAGGAAUGCCUAGACAUUCUCAAGCUGACCCUGGAGUUCGGCCGUGACGUCUGCACCGUGUCCAGUCAAGGCUGGAUGCCCGUCCAUCAGGCUGUGCACGUCGCCACGGGAGUGCCGGACUUCGCCUUUCCUAAGGCUGCCGAAUAUCUCCGUCUCCUCCUUGCUCAUGGUGCUGACGUCAACGCCCGGGCCGCCUCAGCUGGUAUCGAGACCCCUCUUCACCUCGCCGCUAUGGCCAUCAUUCCCCGCCCCGCCCUCAUUCACCUUCUCCUCGACCUGGGUGCCGACAUCAACGCCAUGACUGCCGACGGCAAGACCGCCCUUCAUCUUGCCGCCGAGCGCGGCCGCGAGUCUCUUUUCCGAAUCCUCAUUGACGCCGGUGCUGAUCUUGCUCUCGAAGCCCCUGAAAUCACUAAGCACGCCAAUGACUCCAACGGCAGCAACGGCAGCAACGGCAGCAACGGCAGCAACGGCAGCAACGGCAGCAAUGGUUCCAGUACUAAUACCGCCACUACCACUGGCAGCGGUGAAAGGGGAGGAGGCGGUGGUGGCGGCGGCGGCGGCGGCGGCGGCACAACAGCUCUAGACCUAGCGCGCAAGAACCCUUUCGGUGCCUUCUGGUUCGAUGACGACGGCAAGCUCCGUCCCAAGAAGUUAACCCUCGGGGACGAAGCCGAGCGCUGCGACAGUGUAGGUACCAUCAUCGAGGACAUGAAUCCCGAUUGUUCUGAGGAUGAUACGGGCGAAUCAACCCUAGUGGGUAGCGAGCAUCCCUACGUGCUGGUAUGAUCGAAUGCCCUAGUGCUUCCCACUCUCGCUCCCGAUGUCCCCGAGACAAUGUAUAUGCAGCGCUUCUAUCCUCUCUACCCCCCUUUCCUAUUUGCGUUUAUGUUGUCCCUCUCUUUUUUUACUGAUUUGUGAUACCCGAAACCCCGCUAUGCCCCCACCCCCUUCUUCCACGUCUACCUAUUUCAUUUUUUUUUCCGUUUAUAUUUGAUUAUCCAUUCUGGCUUGAGGGUUAUUCAGUUUUAGCAAGGAUGGCAAUGUGACUUGGCGCAGGAUACCAGAUUUUGUAUGGAGUGAUGAAUAGCAUGCAUGAAUGAAUUAAGUCGAUUGAGUAUUCCUGGCUCUUGGU